UAACCUAACUUUUAAGUAAAAGUGCAUGUUUUGAAUUUGAAUGGUGAGCUACCUUAUUAAUUUAUUAAGAUUUGUGGUAUUCAAAUUGAAAAUACAAGUUGUUGAGUGUAAGGACUUCGAGUAGGUGUUAUUAAAAUAUGGAAAAUCCAGAAGAAAAACCAAUCCAAUUCCAUGAAAUGGAAUUAGAUGAUCGAAUUCUCAAGGCAAUUGUUAAACUACAGUGGAGCGUUCCCACUUUAAUUCAAGAAAAAUCAAUUCCUCUACAGUUGGAAGGUAAAGACGUUUUAAUUAGGGCAAGAACUGGAUCGGGUAAAACAGCGGCGUUUACAAUUCCAAUAAUUCAGAAGAUUUUGAACGUGAAAAAGACUGCAAUCUAUCAAGAAGUAAAAGCAGUUAUUCUAGCUCCUAGUAGGGAGCUAUGUCAUCAGAUUUGUAAUGUGAUAAAUGAUUUAACAAUAAAAUGUUCCCGGGAAGUGAGGUGUGUGGAUGUAGCUCCAAAUAUUAGUAUAAAUGUUCAGAAACCUAUGCUCACAGAGAAGCCUGAUAUAGUUGUUGGUACACCAGCAAGAGUACUAAUGCACCUCAAAAGUGGAACUCUAGACUUGAAAAAAUCGUUAGAAGUUUUGGUUAUAGACGAGGCUGAUUUAAUAUUCUCUUUCGGAUAUAAGGAUGAAAUGAAAGAGUUAACAUCAUAUCUUCCUAGUAUUUAUCAAGCUAUCCUUGCAUCAGCUACCCUAAGUGAAGACGUCCUUAAUUUGAAAAGUCUUGUUCUUCAUAAUCCUGUUACUUUGAAAUUGGAAGAACCAGAAUUAGCUCCUACUAGCCAGUUAACCCACUAUCAUCUAAUGGCAGAAGAACUUGACAAAGCUACCAUAUUGUAUGCUUUGCUAAAGUUACAUUUAAUAAGAGGAAAGACAAUCAUAUUUGUGAAUACUGUAGAUAAAUGCUACAAACUCAAGCUCUUUCUUGAACAAUUUAAAAUUCCUGUUUGUGUGUUGAAUUCAGAAUUGCCAGCCACAAUAAGGUGUCACUCUGUUUACCAAUUCAAUCAAGGUAUUUACGAUAUUAUUGUGGCGUCAGAUGAAAAAGCACUAGAAGAUACAGCUGCUGUUAGUAAAAAAGGAAAAACAUCAGAACAGUCAUCAAAAAGAAGGAAAGAUAAAGAAAGUGGUGUUUCUAGAGGGAUUGAUUUUCAGUGUGUUUCCAAUGUUUUAAACUUCGAUUUUCCUCUGGAUGUUCAAUCAUAUAUUCAUAGAGCCGGUAGAACAGCUAGAGGUAAUAAUCAAGGAAGUGUACUAUCCUUCAUCAACAUGAACGAAAAAGUUCUGUUAGAUAAGGUAGAAGAACGUCUAAGGGCUGGCCUGAAAGAGAUCUCUAUAUUCAAAAAGUACCAAUUCAAACUUGAAGAAGUUGAACCAUUCAAAUACAGAGCACAGGAUGCUUGGAGAGCUGUAACAAGAAUAGCUGUGAGAGAAGCUAGAUUGAAAGAAAUAAAACAAGAAAUAUUCAACUGUCAAAAAUUGAAAGGAUACUUCGAAGACAACCCAACGGAUUUGCAAGUUCUUCGUCAUGAUAAAACUCUUCACACUGUUAGGAUCCAAGAGCAUUUAGCUGACGUUCCUGAAUAUAUUUUGCCCCCAUCCUUGAAGAGCUUGGCUGGCAUAACCAAACGAAAAAGGAAAAAUCAUAAUAAAACUGGAAUAAAAAGUAAAAGGAACAAAUUUGAAGCAGCCAAGAGCAACCCAUUACUCAGCAUGAAAUUUGACGGAUUUGUGGAUAAAUUGAAGAAAAAGGGUAAAAAAUAAACUGAUCUGUGAUUUUUAAGCUAGAAGGAAGAAGGAUGAAAAAAAUGUAUAGUUAUUAUACAAUGUAAACAGUUGUUCUUCAAGGAAUAACCAAGAUCAUAUUUUAUGAAAUGAAUAUAAAUUAACUAAGACUUUA